AUGACAUUAACUAAUAAUAAUACAUCUAUACAUCCAACGAAACUAUCUAUUGCCUCAGAUGUAAUUCCAUGGGAUGAUGUUAUAAAAUAUAUCAAUAAAAAAGAAUUAUUUAAAUUAAAAAGGUCCAAAAAACAAACGGAUAGAUACCAUAAACAUAAAGAUGAAUUGAAAAAACAACAUAUAACAGUCUCCCAAUUCAUAUUGCAAAAGAUUUUAAAAUGGGAUGCUAAUGAAAUUUAUGAAUUAAAUCAUAUAAAAUAUGUAACGGCCCAACAACAAUUAAAGACGAUUUUAACAAACAAACAGUUAUUUAAGGUCACAAUCAACGAUUUUCCUUACAAUUAUGAACCAAACGUUUUACAUCUCUUGAUUUGGUCAAAGAUCAAAUUACCAAUUUAUAUAAAUGACACUACAGAUAUCGAUGGUAUCAACAUUGACCAUAAUAAAUAUCCCGAUAUGAACCCAGAAUGUGAGAGACUCAUUGAUAAGUUUUUGUCGAAGACUUUACAUGACAAAUACAAACUAUCAUACGGCGAUGAUUAUGUGUGGUUUGUCAAUUAUUUGAGUUUACAAAGUAUUAAAGAUUUGUCACAUAUCCACGUUUUAAUCAAAUUCCAUUCUGAACAAGAAAAAUUGAAGAUGGCCAAUAUCUUGACUCAAGAUGGACAGUUCAGAUCAUUAGUAGAUUAA